AUGCCACUUUUUGGCUGGAUGAAAUGGCCCAAAAAUGAUUCCUACAAAUCCACGCAAUAUCCAGGAUCGGAAGUAGUGACCAAAACCCUGCUGAGGGAACUGAAGUGGCACCUGAAGGAGCGCGAGAGGUUAGUGCAAGAGAUCGAAAGCGGCCACCACGUCCAGAAGGCCGGCGUGGAUUACAACUGGCUCAAGAGCUACCAGAAUCCCCAAGCCACCAUUCCAGCCACUGAGCAGCGGCAGCUCGAAGUCCUUUGCUCACAAAUUCAACCCUGCCAGACUGGAACCGUUCUCAGCAGAUUUCGUGAGGUUCUGGCGGAAAACAACGUGCUACCUUGGGAGAUAGUCUACAUAUUCAAGCAAGUCCUAAAAGAUUUCCUUACUACCAUCGAGCGGGAAAACCACCAAGAGCAAGCAGCAGACGGGAGGAAUACGAACGGCCUCGAGCGCGUCGGCCCGCGCGGAGACACCUGCGACACAGCGGACAAGGACGAAAUCCCCACAGUGUCCAGUUACGUGGACAAGAACAYGCAGAGCAUGUUUCCCACCUUCUCCCACAGGAUCUGGAACCUGCCGUACUACUACCCUUCAAGCUAA